AAUAUCUUACCAAACUUGACAAAAUUUCCAGAUAUUGUCCAGUUGUUGUUAACCAGUUGUACUUCGGCCGAGUAUCUUUAUAAAAAUACUUCUUGUUUCAUUUCAGAAUGUUGAGCAAAGCUAAAUAUGAUCAUAACAUAUCUCUUAAACUCUCUCAAGUUAUGGACGAUAUUGGUGUAAACAAGGAAUUGGUGAUGAAGAGAAGAGAGACAAACUUGCUGACUGAGAAAAUUCAAACAUUAAUAGAAAUUUUAAAAUAUCGAAAUGAUAUAACCAACUACUUUCUAGGAAGUCAAAGUGAAGGUACCACUACUGAAGGACUUCAGUCAGAUUAUGAUAUUCUAAAGUGCUAUAACAUGGUUAAUGUAAUACAGAACAUCGGUGACAUCAAAGAAGACAGGGAUAACUACCUAAUGGUCACAGAUGAUAAUACAACUAAAGGAUACUGUUAUCUUCGGCUUAUCGGAUCCGGUAAAUCAGUGACUGGUGUAGAUCAUGAUCUCAUAUAUACUAGCAAUUGGCUUUUACGAAAUAUAUUAACUUUAAACAAAACAUUGCACGGAGCAGAAAUACAUGGACCAGCACUGAGGCCACAAGGAGAUUUUAUUGACACGGAUAUUGUACAUGCUUUUCCUUGUUUCUCAUGGCCACAUUCAGUAUCAAAUUGGUUUGACCGGAAAGGUUUGGGAGGAUGGCCAACACCAGAAAUGAAAAGAAAUUGCAUUAGUAAGGGUUUUUUUCUAGUCCCGGUUGGAAGUAAAAUAAGUACAAACCAACAUCGUGAAUGGAGAAUAUCCACUUCAAUAGCAGAGAGAUGUUUAAUGUUUAGUCUGAAUAUAACCCAAUUACGUUGUUACGUUUUACUGAAAAUGAUUGCAAACUCAUAUUUAACUACUGAGAAUGACACUAAAAUUUCAAGUUUUAUGUGCAAAACAACAUUGUUUCAUUGCAUAGAAAGAUCAGAGCCCGGAAUGUGGAGAGAAAAUAAUUUAUACAUAUGUGUGUUUGUCUGUCUGCUACAAUUACGGUUCUUUAUAUUAAGUCAGAAAUGCCCACAUUUCAUUAUUAAUGAAAAUAAUUUGAUGGCAGGUGAGUUCACGGGCGAGGAACAGCGUAACCUGCUUUGCACACUUAAUAAUGUAGUACACACAUACGGACUUGGAUUAUUCGGUAUUCAAAUUGACAAUCUAGGUAAAAGAUUACAGAUUAAACUGAACCUGAUACCUCAGAUUACUGGUAACAAGUUUCAGUCUCUAAAAGAAAUCAGGGAAUACGUAUAUUUGAAGCUAAAUAUUAAUAUAUUUCUAAAUGUUCAUAAAGGUAUUAAAUUCCUGUCUAUGGAAAACGAAGAAACGUUACGAUUUUAUAUACAAACACUGAUUAAUGCUAGAGAAGGAGGUAGCCUUUUAGACAAAAAAGCUUGCACGUUUGUGUUACAGGAGAUUUACACAACAUUAGGAUCCAUAUUGGCCUCGUCAAACAUUGGUCAAUCUAUCCCCAUUUCACACGAGGCUUUGACUUGUUUAGAAUUUGAUAAAAAAAGUAGUGUUUCUAAAAUUAUCAAACUGGCUUCUACAUAUUAUUGUUUAGGGAAUUUGAAAAAUUGUGAAAUCAUUUUGAGGCAUAUUCAGAGUAAAAUUGAAUUUGCUGAUAUAAUUCCCGUCUGUGGAUGCUAUCCAAAUAGCGUGAAAAUUCCAAAAGAAUUUCUAGCAUUCUGUUGCAAAGAUGAAACUGAACUUCAGUCAUAUAUAGCGUAUUGUGUUCGUUUCCAUAAAAGUGAAUUUAACUGUAUUCCCCAUGAACUACAAUAUGAACUGUUCAGAUCUAGUCAAGAUGAUAUGAAGCAUAGAAAUGGGAGAGAUGAAUUGUGGAUGGAUAUGUCUGUGGUUGAUUUAGUACCUUUCUUAUAUUUUUUACAAUACAAAGUAUAUAGACAUCAGAAGAAACCCCAGGAAACACAUAAUGCUCUCUUUAUACUGAUGACAUAUUCUGCAUUUGACACAGGUCUUUCUCACAAAGAAACGGUUCUAAAUUUACUUGGACAAUGUUACGAAGAUCAACUUUGGCAUCAAGAAGCUUUAAAAUGUUACUUGUCCUCACUUCAAGUAAGAAAAAGGAACAAUGUUGCAAAAUGGCAUAUAUGCAAACUACUCGCCAGAAUAAUGCAAACGAAAUAGACGAAAUAAAUUUAGUGAUCUAAGACUAAUUGUUUCACGAGUUACCUUUAUUCUUUCUCUAGAUUUCUACAGUAUUUAGCUCACUCACAAAUGUGACAAUCAUUAAACAGGUUUUCCGAAGGAAAAAACUGGUUAUUAGAUUGAGGUUUGUUGGCGGGCGGACGGACGUAAACAUUUUUUUCUGUGCGCAACUCCUCCUACAUUUCUCAAAGGAUUUUGUUUAAACUUUCACAGAAGCUUUGUCAUCAAGUGUCCUGAUGCAUAUUGUUGGGGUUUUGUGAUUGGAUAAUUUUUGACCUAAUUAUGGCCCUUUGUUGUUUUUUUCCUUAUAUAGUGAACAAUUUGUUCUGUUGAGCAACUCCUUCUACAUUUCUCAAGGGAUUUUGUUCAAACUUUCACAGAUUAGCUUUGUCUUCAAUUGCUCUGAUGCAUAUUGUCGGGGUUUUGUGAUUGGAUAAGUUUUUACCUUAUUAUGGCCCUUUUUUCAUAAAAUUUCAUUAUAAGUGUAAUAUAUCCUUUUAAUCACAACAAACUUAAUUUAGUUAUAAAACAGAAACUAUCUAGGUUGCUGCAUGCCUGCCAGCUCAUUCUGCCUGCUUUUGGGUCCUGUAGAGUCAAGGUCAAGGUAAUUGUUGCUUAAAUAGAAAAUCUGUUUCUAGUCAGGUCACUGUUACUAACAAGAGCGAUCAGUAAUCACAUGUGUCGCCUCAUAAUGGCCAAUUUCAUGUUGGGACAAAUUUUGUGACAGACGGACAGACAGACGAACAGUGCACAACUGGACUUGGUACUGAUCAAUCAUGUAAAGUUUGGA